ACAUUUCUCCUCAUCAGUUUAAGGUUUUAUUAACCCAUGAAAAAAAAAUUACAAUUCUUGAAACCAUUCAAUAAUGGCGUUCAAGAAAACACUACCAGAGCGCAUUUUCAGUGCAUAUAAAUUCACUGCUCCAUCCUCAACAACCUGUCGUAUUGCUUCCUCAUCCAUGUUGGCAAAAUGCCAGCUUUAUCCUAAUCCUGACAAAAAUAUAACACAUGAUGCCGGAGACGGUGGUUUAUUCCGGCGAUUCCUCCACCAGUCACUGGCGUCCCCGCCGGAGCUCCGAUCACUACCCACCGGAGAAAAGCUUCGUGAAAAGCUACGUGGGAUGGACAUUUCAAGAGAUAGAAUCAGACUUAACGGACUCGUGCCGCCGACACAACGUUGGCCGGAGUUGGAGCAAUUAGGAGUGACGGAUGCAAGAAAGCUGUUAAGGUUAUCACAGCUUGAGAUGGUGAAAGUGAGGUUAAGGAAAAUUAGUAAGAACUGGAUUUUGUGCUCGGAAUUUCAUCAAAUCUGUAACGAAACCUGUUCCAACGUUGAUCAAGGCCUAGAGUUUGCAAAGAUGCUGGACGGGUCGGGAGAUGUGAUUGUUUUGGGGAACGUAGUUUUUCUUCGGCCUGACCAGGUGGUAAAAGCAAUGCAAGAACUAAUGCCAAUGCCCAAAGCCAACCCAAAUCAUGAAAUAGGAACAAACAAGGAGCUUCAACAAAUGGAGGAGCAAAAAGCAGCUAUUGACAAGAAAGCAGAAUCAUUGGUACGUAGAGAAAUGUGGUGUGGACUUAGUUGCUUCAUACUUCAGACAGCAGCUUUCAUGCGGUUCACUUUUUGGGACUUAACGUGGGAUGUCAUGGAACCCAUUUGUUUCUACGUAACAUCCAUAUAUUGCAUGGCUGGUUUUGCUUUCUUCCUUAAAACGUCCAAAGAACCUUCUUUUGAAGGUUUCUUUAAGGCACGUUUUAGUACGAAGCAGAAACAACUCAUGAAACUUCAUAAGUUCGAUCACCAAAGGUAUAAUGAGCUACGGAGAGCCUACUAUCCUCAUUCAGCAUCAAUCUAAUUAAUGGUGAUCUCAGCAGGUACCUGAAUUUCUCCUGACGUAGCAAAGCUUCUGCAGGAACAACAUGAGAUUAACCCAAACCUCUUCUAUGGUAGAAAUUAAGGAAAUAUAUAAAAAAGAUUACGUUACA